AUAUCUGAAUGCCGUCUUUUCACCAACAUGGUACAACGAGAUUCUGAAUCGCCACCACUUCAGGCUGCAGUCAAACUGGACAAGGCCGAGUUUGAAGACUGCACGCCCUGUCGCAUAGUCGGUAGCGCAACCUUUGUCGGCCUCGGUGUCUUCACCUAUGUCUCAGGACACUCGCAGAUCCGCGCAAACGAAGCCGCGAUACGAGCUAGCAAGAGCAUCUUCGGAAUGAGGAGUAGAGGGGCCGCCAUAACGGGCACCAGCGCUGUCAUGGUUGGGUUGGGCAUAUACCGCUGCUUCUCCUGAACAAGGGAAGGAAUCAACUGUGGUUAGCAUGUCAACGAGGUAGCACAUGGUCACAUCACACGAGCAUGUCCGUCGGGUCGAAAAAGUAUAUGGUAGAAUUGUCGGCUAAAGCCAUGAAAGUAUAUCCUCUAGUCUCCUUUGCUCGCUCCUAUAAACUCCUCCAAGCUGGUACAUGGUAUCUUGGUAAACCUCGAAGAACGAAUCGAGGUAUAUUCCCCUUGAAAAGCCAAGAACACCAUAUUGAUGC